GCCAGUGGAUAACACAGCGAAUAAGACCGUCGUGAAAACAUGACGUCCCCUGUCGGGCCGAUCUGCAGUCCACGCUAUUUUUGUCUGCUAUUGGUGUCGACGUGCUAUUAUUAUGGCGUAACUACGGCCAUUACAGUAGUCGAUCACGUGUCCAAGGAUCGAUACGCAGCCGGAGGCAGCAAUAGGGACACCGUUGACGACACGCAUUUGCGAGAGAAAGUGGAAGACGAGGAUGCGGAAAACAAGCAUUUCAUGGACGUUUAUUCAUUGCAAAGCGGACCACAACAAUUAGAAUUUGGACAUGUGUUCGAGGAUCCAAACGUCUGGGAACAGAGGUACGAGAAAAAGGAUUUCGACACCCAACGGUACCAAGGAAAGGUGAAAUGGGGUGACAAAGACGGCAGUUACGGUGAACAGUAUUGGGAUUUAAACCACGGCGGCGCUGAUGAAUUAUCCAACGAAAACGAAAAAAAUGAUCAAUACGAAGCACCUAUCCCAAUCGAAUACGGACAGGAGAGCCGUCAGCGACUCGUUAUUUAUAAGCCAAUGACGGUUACACUCCUUAAGAAUAAACCCAAGAAAUCCGUUAGAAAUGUACAAGACUAUCCGAAACAAUUAGUAGAACCAUCAGAAGCAUCGACAAAUAUAAGAGGCGCCACUAAAAAAACAGCUCCUGUUUUAGUUUUUGACAUGAAGACUGGAGUAGUCAUGGACGAAGCCACGGGAAAUAAAUUUAUUUUGAAACCGAUAAAUAAUCAAUAAUUUAUUUACAAUAUUGUUUUAUUUUAUAAA